UGGCCGCCAGAGAUCGCUGCGCCAGCACGAGCUGUGGCACCGGCGCACGGCGGCGGUGGCCCCUCACCCGGAGGGACUCGGUGACGACAGAUGACAACGUUACCGGCGCCAGCCUCCCGGGCCAGCCAGGCUCCCGUGCCACGGAGAGGCUUCACGGCUUGUGCCGUCUGCGACAAGGCGUUCAAGCGGAAGCGAUACUUGAUAGUUCACCAGAGGACGCACACGGGUGAGAAGCCAUAUGGCUGCACCGAGUGCGGUAAGGCGUUCACGCAGAAGGGCCACCUGCGCAUGCACCUGAUGUCGCACAGCGGUGCGAAGCCGUACACGUGCAGCUGUGUGCGAGAAAGCGUUCCCCAGGAAGGGGCAUCUGCUGGUCCACGAGAAGACGCACACCGGCGAGAGGCUGUACGUGUGCACGGUGUGCGACAAGGAGUUCUCUCGCAAGGAGCACCUCCUCGUGCAUCAGCGCACGCACACCAACGAGAAGCCGUACAAGUGCCUCCUGUGCGAGAUGGCGUUUAGGCAGAAGAAGUACCUGCUGAUCCACCAGAGGAACCACACGGGUGAGAAGCCCUACACGUGCGCGGUGUGUGACAAGGCCUUCAAGAAGUCAGAGUACCUGCAGAUCCACCAGAGGACGCACACGGGAGAGAAGCCCUACAAGUGCGUGCAGUGUGAGAAGGCAUUCACGCAGAAGGGCGACCUGCAGAGACACGAAGCGAUCCACUCGGGAAAGAAACUGUUUGAGUGCCCCGUGUGCGGAAAAGCGUUUAAGCGCAAGGACUAUCUUGCCAUCCACAAAAAUAACCACGGUGUGGUGAAGGGCGAAAAAAAAGCAAAGGUGAAGUGAACCUGGGGAGAGAUUCCCAGACUCGACCAGGACGACGGCAAGAUGAAUCUGCCCUGUCCACUCUUGCUAGUGUUUACUCCUCCUGUCCUACGCGUCGCAUGGCUCCUCGUGCAGUCAGAGCCACUUGCCAUGGCUGAUUCUCCCUUUCCCCGCUUUUCAACACCUAGAAGACUCACUGCAGGUCUUUCCCUUUUAACUUGCAAUGUGGAGAUGUUUUUGUCGAGAAAACAUUUUUUAAGAGGUGGAGUGUUCUUACAUUCUGCACUGCAGUCAGGGUCUCAUCGCUGGGUUUGUAGGCAAAGGGCUUGCAGUCCACUCAUUGGUGUUCUGCUGCGUUAGCCUGGAGUCUGUGAUGUUUGCGAUUGCUAGGGUAAAGUAUUCUUGAUGGGGGGGCUAUUGCACCAACAAUUAAUGUAGUGAGUGACCUGACUGAGCGGAGGCUGUGCGAGUAUCCUACUAGUGACUGGGAUUGACAAGGCAUGGACCCAAAUGCACAAGUGGUGCCCCCGGAUCAUGGAAAGACUGGUUGGGGCCCCAUAUCCUCAGUGGCUGCUCUGCGUCGCACACUGAGGCUUCAGGAGAUGCAGUCGGUGGCUCAGGGGACGCAUGGAGGACACGGAGACGGCACUGGUGUGCAUGGAGCCAGGGGGCUUGUGCAGAGGAAGAGGAGUACGUGGCCCCAGUGAACGCAGAGCCUCAGGGACUCCAGCAGAUGGAGCUGUGAUGCUCUUGCUAAGAGGCUUUUCUUGCAUUAGGAUGGGAGUGCAGGUGUUUCCUCCUGCCUGUGGUAUAUGGAAUGUAGCGGACAUCACGAAUAUGUUAGAAGCCACACCGUUGCCUUGAGUGUGGCAAGUUAGACUCCUGAGUCCUUAGACUUUUAAUAUAGAUCCAAAAGGACUAGUUUGGAAAAUACAAUUCACAUGGCAUGUCCUCAUUCAAUGAUGAUAAUUUUCCAUGUGCUAACAUGAGAUUGUAUUGAGAAACAUGGACAGAAAUUAUUGUCCUAUUUGGUGUUUGCAGAAUGUUUUUUUUAUGGAAUCAAUAAUUAUCUUAUUCCCUUCCAGUACCAUUGUAAUGGCUUGUCAUGUUAUAGUGCUCUAGGAUUUAUUGUUAGCUCCUCAACUCUCCUCCUAAAACACUUCUGCUUUGUGUUCAUAUACAGCUUUCAUCACUGGUGUUUGGAACGCCAUUCUGGUAUUUAUUGUCCCACCAUUCAAACUCGUUGUCUCACUGUUGUGCGGCAUUACUGUAAGCCUGGUUAUAGCCCUGUUAAAAGCAUGUCCACGUUUCACUCUGCAAUAAGGUCCAAUGAAAAUGCUGGUCGCACCCACCAGGCCACAAUAACCAAAUUGUUGCUUUGUAAGAAUCCAUAUGAAGUGAUUGUCACGUGCUUUUAAUGCUUUAAUAGUUAAGUCUGAAUGUAUUUUGGUUGUAGAACUAAUAUACAACAUUUAAAUAUGAGAGCAUGCGUUGGGGCACCCAUCUCACGUUCAAACCGGCAAUGUGUAGUACGAGUGCCUUUUUAAAGUGUAAUGUCACUCAUAAUCAUGCAACGUCGUUAACACUUGCAUUAUGUGGUGAUGUCGGCCAGUCCUCACUGCAUUUAAAAGGAAAGGGUUGAGCCUAUGGAUAAAGAUGCUUUGGUCACCAUCGAUAGACCAUGUGUCACUACCACUGACAACACCUCCCAGAUGGACAACUGUAUGGCUUUUGAUUUAAAGCUUUCGUGACUGCAGGGAUUCAUAUUCUUGGUUCUUUCGGUAAAGUCACGUAGAAGGGAAACAAUAAAAUAAUAAAAAUACAAAACAAUAAAAUGCUCACGACGUUUCGACUGCAACACAAGCAAUCAUCAUCAGGUGUGAAACACACAGCAAGAAAAGUUAGAAAAAAGUGGCGGUUAUUUCUUAACGUCAGCACCACGAACAGCGAUUUUGGCAGUUGUUCAGAUGGACGAGUCCAUCUAUGUUCGGAAAAUAGGAGGUGGAGAGGAAGAGAAUGGAAUGCGGUCUGAAAGUCACCGUACGCGUGAACACAAUCAAUUAGGACCCGAAAUGGUUUAUCAAAUCCUUCCAAUGAUUGCUAAGCCAGAAUCCAUCUUCUCGGUUGAAAUUGUCUCUGUGUUUGUAUAUGUGGAUAGCCUCAUGAACGAAUCUCUCAUGGUAGCCAGAUGGCUUGCAGAGAACCUGUCUUGGAGAACCAAUAAUAUAACUGUAUGGCUUUCUAAUUGAUUUAAUGCAAUGCCUCAAUGUGUUCCUACACUAUGGUGGUGCAUUGGAGAGGAGUGUUUAAAUGCAAGUGAUGUGUUUUAUAGAUAAAUGGGGCAUUGCGUCCUGAGUCAACUCUGUGUCCAUCACAGCCAACUGCAGUGGCAGUGGACGACGUGCCUCCUAAACCCAAGGACCUGACCACCUCAUUAACACUGCCAUGAAAAUACAUAGCACCGUGUUGCAGUGUGGUUGUGCAGCUGUGGGGGUGAUGUAGGGAUGGUGUCACGGAGUGGAAAACUUUACAGAUCAGAGUGUGUGAGGGUUUGAUGGGUACCAGAUGCUGAAGAGGAGGCUCUGCCCGGUGGUUGAGCCUCAGAUUCAGGAGAAACAAUGUGGAUUCUGUCAUGAUCGUGGAACAAUGGAGCAGCUAUUUUCCCUAUCACAGAUAUUUGAGGGGUCAUGAGAGUAUGCUUCUCCAGUCUACCUCUGCUUUGUAGACUUGGAGAAAGCAUAUGACCAUGUUCCCCACAAUGUCUGGGAGGUGCUGCUUGAGUAUGAUGUACUGGUGCUGCUUUUGUGC